UGUGAAAUCACGCAACCGCGUUAACAACCAUUGCGACCAUUGCACCCCGCACGCUUAGAUUAAUCCUGCAGGCACUUCAUCUGCAGGAGCCGGCGGAUGACACCCUGAACUCCGCCCCUAAAAUAUUGGCAAAUAUUGGCUUCAAUGCCCCUCGGGUGGACACGCCAUUGCCAAGGUAUUCAGCACCGACCGGGUCACCAAGGGGCUGCAAUUCUUCUCUGCAUCUCCUAUCUCUCUGUCCUCGAAGUCAGCUCGAUAAACAGCUGCAAAUCCGCGCAUAGUGUCUUGGUUGAUCGGAAGACAUGGCGAGUAUGCCGUUGGCAUGCGCAUGCAUUAAUUUCGGGGAAGUCGGGGUCAACGGGGUCAACCUCACGUCAAUGGCGCAAUGGAUGUGGUGAUCAUAUUGAAGGUAAUGAACCUGCAGAACUCUUCAAGGCAUCGCGUUGGUCCACCGGAGUCCGAUGCAUGUCGACAUCUUCUACCGCGGCGUUGCGAUCGCGAACAGUCUCAACUGGUGAUUCUGGUCUUCUCAAGACUCAUCGUGCGAUGACCAGGAUACAAUGAGGUGAAAUGAUGCGAUGAGGAUAUCUCUCAGAACAAGGACGAGGACGAGGACGAGGAUGAGGAGGGAGGAGGGAGGGCUCGUUCUGGGAAGCAUAAAUACUUGGUGAAUUGCCCUUCCGAA